GGAACUCUAGUUGCCUCAUGAAGUUUAGUUAGUGCCUUGGUAUGCCGAUAGAAGGAUUUGAAGAGGAUAAUUGGCCAAAAAGGGUAGGAUGGGGCGUAUAGAAAGGCGAAAUCACUGUCUUCAAAAUCUGAUAAGGAACUUAAGAAGUUGGAGUGGAUAGUGAGCUACAAAAAGGCCAGGGUUGAUAUUGGAUUAGGUAAACUUGAUAGGGUUUCUAUGUCAGGGUGCAAAUGAAGAUGACAUUCCAUAGAAUGUUAAAUGGGCAAACGAUAGGGAUAAAAGGAAGAUAAUAAAGUCGGUAAUUAAAUCUCAAAGAGUGGACAUGGUGUGUUAGUAGGAAACCAAAAUUAAAGAAAUGACUACUGGGCUUGUGCGUAGCCUUGGGAUGGGAAGUUGUUUAGGCUGGAGUGCAGUCAAUUCAAGGGGAGCAGUUAGUGGCAUUCUGGUGUUUUGGGAUAAUAGGGUGUUUGAAUUGGUUGGCUUGGAAAGAGGGGAGUUCUCAAUUUUGUGCCGAUUCAAAAACUGUGAGGAUGGUGUUUCAUGGGUGUUUACUGGUGUAUAUGGUCCUGUGUGCAGAAGGGAAAUGGAAAACUUCUAUGAUGAGUUGGAGGCAGUAGGAGGUUUAUGGAGCGACCUUGGUGUGUAGGUGGGGAUUUCAACAUGAUAAGAUUUCCUAGGGAGUGUAGUAGGGGAGGAGGGUUAUCUUCAACAAUGAGGAGAUUUUUAAAAGUAUUAGAGGAGUUGGAGCUAAGGGACAUUCCUUUAUAGGGAGGUCCAUUCACUUGGAGGGGUGGGAUGAACAACCAACCCUAAUCUAGGCUCAACAGGUUUAUAGUGUCAGAUAAUUGGGACAACCUGUUUAAUGGGUUUGUGUAGGUUGUUUUGCCAAGACUGGUCUCUGAUCACUUUCCCAUUUUGCUCGAUGGAGAAGGCCUGAGAAAGGUACCCUCCCCUUUCAAAUUUGAGAAUGUGUGGUUGGAGGAAGAAGGGUUCAAGGAUCAGGUUAAGAAUUGGUGGGUGAGCUUUAAUUUUACUGGGACUUUCAACUUUGUUUUAGAUGCAAAAUUGAGGGCCUUAAAAGUAGUUUUGAAGACUUGGAAUAAAGAAAUGUUUGGUUUCAUUGAGGCUAGAAAGGGAAAAGCUCUCAGCUAGAUUGUGUAUUGGGAUGAGAAGGAGAAAGGUUCUGCCCUAAAUUUGGAGAAGUCUGAAGCUAGAAAAAAGGCUAGGGAGUCUUAUAAGAAUUGGGUUAUGAGUGAGGAAAUCUCUUGGAGACAAAAAUCAAGGGAAGUGUGGUUGAAGGAGGGGGAUAAUAACACCAGAUUCUUCCACAGGAUGGUGAAUGCUCAGAGUAGAAGGAACUGGCUAUCCAAGGUAAAAGUGAAUAGUUGCUGGUAUACCAAGGAGAAUGAAUUAAAAGCUAGUGUGGUUGGGGCGUUUCAUAACCUCUUUUCAGUUUUAGAAGAGAGGGGUGUUGUCCUAGUAUUAAAGGGUUGUCCUUUGCGGGCUUAGAUAGCAAUGAGGUAGAGAGGCUAGAGCUUCUUUUUUCGGAAGAAGAAGUGUUUGUUGCUCUCUUGGAUCUAGGCAAGGACAAAGCUCUUGGUCUAGACGGUUACACCAUGGCGUUUUGACCUUUUUGUAGGGAUGGUUUGAAGGCAGAGGUUUUGGAUUUUUUUUAAGGAAUUCCAUGAGGGUGGCAAAUUUGUCAAGUCUUCGAAUGCUACUUUCCUGACUCUUGUUCCAAUGAAGGGAGGUGCAGAAGACUUGAAAGAUUUUAGGCCGGUUAGCCUUGUGGGCAACCUCUAUAAGUUGCUAGCUAAGGUGUUGGCCAAUAUACUUAAAAAGGUAAUGGGCAAAGUGAUGAUGGAGUCCCAAAAUAUUUUUGUGGAGGGCAGACAGAUUUUAGUUACAGUUUUGAUUGCAAAUGAGGUUGUGGACUCAAGGUUGAAAAGUAAUGAAGGUGGUGUGUUGUGCAAGUUGGAUAUAGAGAAAGUGUAUGAUCAUGUGAAUUGGAAGUUCUUGUUUGCAGUACUAAGAAAGAUGGGCUUUGAGGAGAGAUGAAUUAAUUGGGUAGAAUGGUGCAUCUCUAUUGGGAAAUUUUUUGUUUGAGUAAAUGGAUCUCCUCAUGGUUUUUUCCAAAGUUUGAGGGGUUUGAGACAAGGAGAUUCCCUCUCCCCUUAUUUAUUCGUGAUAGCCAUGGAAGGGUUUUGUUGUCUCUUGAGGAGGGGUAUUAAUGGGGGCUUCUUAUCUAGUUGGUGGGUGAGGGGUAGGCGUGGUGAUGAGAUUCUAUUAUCGCACUUGUUAUUUUCUGAUGAUACUUUGGUGUUUUGUGUGGCAUCUCAAGACCACAUGACUUAUCUAAGUUGGCUUCGUACGUGGUUUGAGGCUUGUUUGGGUUUGAGAUUCAAUUUGGAUAAAAGUGAGCUAAUUCUGGUGGGUAUGGUGCAUAAUAUAGAGGACUUGGCCUUGGAGUUGGGGUGUAAAGUGGGCAACCUUCCUUCCCGCUAUUUGGGUCUUCCUUGGGGAGCCUAUUUCAAAUUUGUGGCGGUUUGGGAUGGUGUUGAAGAGAGAUUUCGAAAAAGGUUAGCCAUGUGGAAAAAAUAAUAUAUCUCAAAAGGAGGGGGACUCACUUUAAUUCGAAGCACUUUGUCUAGCAUGUCUAUUUAUUUCAUGUCUCUCUUUUGCAUGCCAAGAAAAGAGAGGUUGAGAUUGGAGAAGAUACAAAGGGAUUUUCUUUGGGGUGGUGGGGCUCUUGUGCAGAAACCGCAUCUUGUGAGGUGUAAAAUGGUUUGUUUGGAGAAAAUGAAAGAUGGUUUAGGUGUGAGAAAUCUCUCUUUGAUGAAUAUAACCCUCUUAUGCAAGUGGAGUUGGCGGUAUGCCAAUGAAAAUGAAGCACUUUGGAAGCAUGUGAAGAUGAUGGGAGGUGGCGUUCCUGUGAGGUGAGUGAGAGGUUUGGUGUGGGUUGUGGAAUCUAUUAGGAAGGAGUAGAAUUAUUUGAGUGGCAGGUUGACCUUCCAAGUGGGCAAUGGGCAGAGAGUGAGAUUUUGGAUGGACAAGUGGUGUGUAGAUGAGCCACUUUGUGAAUUCUUCCCUUCCUUAUUUGCCGUUUCUUUGUCUAAGAAAGCUUGGGUGGUGGAUGUUUGGAACCCUGAAGGAGAAGGGAGUGGAUGGAUCCCUUUUUUCUCUAGGGCCUUUAAUGAUUGAGAGUUAGAUUUGGUGGAGUGUUUUUUUUGCAAAAGAUUCAAGUAAUUAGGAUUCUUAGAGAUGUGGAAGAUAGAAUGAUUUGGAUAGCUUCGAGGUGUGGGACCUUUUUGGUCAAAUCUCUCUAUUCUAUCUUGAAACCUGGAGAUCCCCAUUUUUUCCCUAGUAGUAGUAUGUGGAGAUCGAGUGCACCUCCUAAGGUGGCUUUCUUUGCCUGGGAGGCUUCUUGGGGGGAGUUUUAACUUUGGACCAACUUCAAAUGAGAGGUACUUUUUGGCAAAUAGGUGUUUUCUUUGCCUCUUUGAAGCAAAGACGGUUGAUCACCUUCUUCUUCACCGUGCAAACACCUUCUUCUUCACUAUGCAAAGACUUGGGUUCUUUGGAGUUUUCUUUUCUCCCUCUUUAGUGUAUCUUGGAUUCUUUCUUGUUUAGUGAAGAAAACUCUUCUUGGGUGGCAUGAGUUGUUUGUGGGUAAAGCUCGUAAAAAGGCUUGGCAAGUCGCCCCUUUAUGUAUAUUUUGGACAAUGUGGAAGGAAAGGAAUUUGAUAGCGUUUGACAAUGAGGAGUUAUCAUUCCAAAUAUUGAAAAAUUCUUUUGUAUGUAACCUAUGGUCUUGGUCUAAGGUGUCUAUAGAUAUGAACCCUAUUUCUCUUAUAAGUUUCAUUGAUUGGUUAGGUUCUAAGUAAGGGUAGGUGAUGUUUUUUGCUUCUUUCCCUCCCCAUCUGGUUUAAGCCUUUAGGCUUUUUUGGUAUACUUCCUGUAUACUCUGAGAGCACUAUUUUUGGUGUCUCCUCUUUACUUUUUAUACAACUUUUCUUUACCUAUCAAAAAUAAAAAUAAAAAUAAUGUUGAGGUGAAAAGUUAGGCAAAAGGUAAAUUUAUUGGCAUUAUUGGACUUGUGCACGCUCUUUUUGCAAAUGGGGAUGUAAUACAUGGAAGAAGUUGAUUGUAGAGGUGUAAAGGGUGAAAGAAGAAUUUGAAGUUGUUAAAGAAUUUUAAAAGGAAAUUGCGAAUGUAACUUUCUGUGCCCAUUAUUGUUUAUUUACCAUUUUAUUUCAUUCCAUUUUUUGUUUUACAAAAAUAAUUUUGUCACUGUUGGUGUUAUUGUGUUAUUAUUGUUACUGACUUAUUGAUACUAUUGUUACUGUUUGAUAAAAUUUAUUGUGAUAAUUAUGUAUGGUUGUUUAUGGUAGCAAGUUAACAAUGGUGCUAUAGUUGUCGAGGAUUGUGGCAUUCUUUGAUAAUAUAAUGCACUAAAUGCAUCUGAUUAUGACUCAGUAAUAUGCACUAUUUGUUUUGAAUUAGGUUUGUCUGAACACAUUUUUGUCUUCAUGGAUUCUUCUAUCCCUUUGUUUUUGAACAUAUAUUGCUCUUUUAGCUUGAACUAUGGAGGAAAUGGAGCAUAGUUAUUGUUGAUGAUGAAAAGUUGGAUAGAAGAUAAAUUUAUUACCAUCAUUGGAUGUGUACACGUGCUAUUUGGAUGAUGAUGUAAUCGGUGGAAAAAGAAAUUGAUUAUAAAUAUAAUUUGUGGACAAAAUUGUGUAGGAUGGUGUAAUAGGCUGAAGAAGAAUUUGAAGAGCCAUGAAAGAAGUCUAAAAGGUGUUCACUUUUGGGUCUGUUCCCCUCAAGACUUAUUUGCCUGAUGGAGAUAUUGACUUGACAGCCUUCAGUAACAAUCAAAAUUUGAAGGACACAUGGGCUAAUCAGGUCCGUGACAUGCUACAGAGUGAGGAAAAGAACGAGAAUGCUGAAUUUCGUGUAAAAGAGGUUCAGUACAUUCAAGCAGAAGUGAAGAUAAUAAAAUGUCUUGUUGAAAACAUUGUGGUAGACAUAUCAUUCAACCAGCUUGGUGGGUUAUGCACUCUUUGUUUCCUUGAGGAGGUUGAUCAUUUGAUAAAUCAAAAUCAUUUAUUCAAGCGUAGCAUUAUAUUGAUCAAGGCCUGGUGUUAUUAUGAGAGCCGAAUACUGGGUGCUCACCAUGGACUUAUUUCGACUUAUGCUUUGGAGACCUUGGUUCUCUACAUAUUUCACGUCUUCAACAAUUCCUUUACUGGACCACUUGAGGUCCUUUAUCGUUUUUUGGAGUUCUUUAGUAGCUUUGACUGGGACAACUUUUGUGUUAGUCUAUGGGGUCCUGUACCUAUUAGUUCACUUCCAGAUGUAACAGCGGAACCUCCUCGGCAAGAUAGUGGAGAGCUACUACUUAGUAAAUUGUUUCUAGAUGCCUGUAGCUCAGUAUAUGCUGUUUUCCCGCAUGGCCAAGAAAAACAGGGACAAUCCUUCAUUUCCAAGCAUUUCAAUGUUAUUGAUCCUUUACGUGUAAACAACAACCUUGGUCGUAGUGUUAGUAAAGGAAAUUUCUUCAGGAUACGAAGUGCAUUUGCAUUUGGCGCCAAAAGGCUGGCAAGGCUACUUGAUCCCAAAGAGAACAUAAUUUUUGAAGUAAAUCAGCUUUUCAUGAACACAUGGGAAAGGCAUGGCAGUGGUCAUCGUCCUGAUACUCCAAGGACUGAUUUGUGGCGCUUGAGAUUCUCAAAUUCAAAUCAACUCCAUGGGUCUGAAAAUUGGGUGAACAUUUCAAGCAACAAAAGAUUGAACAGUAACUCUGAUCAUGAAGCUGAGGUUGAGAGGACACAUGCUUCACAUGGUGUUUCCUGGGAAAACCUGUCUAGAAACAGUGAUAUUUCUGCAGUUUCUCCUGCUCAAAGCCAAAAGAAUCAUGGGACCCUGAACAGUUCAAGGAUCCCUGAUCAGAUCAGUCCAGAAAUCAAUUCUAAUCAGGGGGUACAUACUGAUAGAGAUCAGGGAAGUUUCAAGCCUGAUCAAUUGGUCAAUGACCUUCAGGGAAGGUAUCUGUUUGCCAGGACACACUCUAGUCCCGAGCUUACUGACACAUAUACCAAGGGCUCUUCUCGAGGCAGGCAUAACAGAGCUCCAGAAAAUGGAAAAGACCAGAUUACUUCUACAAGACUGGACAAUAGCAGGAGGAAGAACCUGGGCUCAGAAAUUUUUGUGAGCAAUAGUACCAUAUCAACUGAUGAUACUUCAUCUGUCAGGCAUGUCUCAUCCCAUCAAAGUCUUGACGGAUCAGCUGAUUCAAACACUACUUUAAAUAGUUAUUAUCAUGGCUCAGCCUUGGGUGCCAUGGGUGAUCAACUUUCUUCUGUCAUGGGUACUCAGGGGAUGCAUCAGGAAGAGCAAGAUCUUGUGAACAUGAUGGCAUCUUCUACACUUCAUAAUUUCAAUGUACAGGUCCAUCUGCCGCUAAAUUUAGGUCCAGCUCACCUACCUCUUCCAUUCUCACCUUCCAUUCUAGCUUCAAUGGGAUAUUGUCAGAGAAAUUUGACUGGCAUGGUUCCUACAAAUGUUCCCUUGAUCGAGCCUGCUUGGGGGGCCUCAAAUAUGCAAUUUCCUCAAGGUUUGGUUUCUUCAUCAUUAACUCAUUACUUCCCUGGCAUUGGAUUGAACUUGAAUUCUGAAGAGUUGAUUGAAACUGGCAAUGAAAAUUUUGGUUCUUUGGAAAUUAUCUCAGGGGAGGCUGAUCAUGAUCUCUGGCAUGAGCAGGAUGGGGGAUCUACUGCAGGGUUUGAUCCUGACAAUGGAGGUUUUGAGGUGCUUCAGUUAGAUAAUAAGCAACAGCCAACUUCAUCAGGUUUUAACUUUCUGCCUGCAUCUAAGGUGGGUGGCUCUAGUGGCUCAAUGGGAGUUCAACCAAAGUUCAUUAAAGAAAACCUAGGAUCAGCUGGGGAAGAUCAUGUUGAUGCUUUCCACCAUCAAGAUAAUAGACAAAAUGAAGUUCAUUCUGAUGGCAGAACUGCAAGUUCAAGGUUUUCGCCUUCUAGGCCCACUAGCCCCUUGAGAAGCAAAACCUCUUCCGAGAGUUCCUGGGAUGGAUCAUCAGCAAAGGUUUCAAAGCCAACGAGGGAAAGACGGGGAAGAAAAACAAGUUCUUCUGCAGAGGCUUCAACUGUGUAUGGAAAAGGCAAGAUUGUGUCUGAACAUGUGCCUUCUCAUGUAGAUGAUGACGACAAAGACUGGAAACCACCUUCAACCAUGGGUUCUGAAAGGGCUGAAAGAAGCAUGGCCUCUCAAUCUCUGGCUCCUUUGCAUGUCCCAAGGCAUAACAUACCAGGCUUUGAACCAGCUCAUGUGAGCGGAUCGGAUUCGCUAAUACCCAUUUCUCCGGUGUUUCUAGGUUCUGGUUCACAGCAAAGGGCAGUGGAUAAUUCUGGGGUGGUUCCCUUUGCCUUUUAUCCAACAGGUCCGCCUAUUACGUUUCUUACAAUGCUGCCAGUUUACAAUUUCCCAACUGAGCCAGGAGCUACUGAUGCAACGACAAGCCAUUUUGGAGGGGACAAUGGGGUGGAUAACAGUGAUUCUAGUCAAAACUUUGAUUCAUCUGAGGGGCUUGAUCAGUCUGGGAAUUUAAACACUUCAGGUUGUAUGAGAAGGGCAGUUCCUGUUGAACCCUCAGAGGUGCCAAAGUCCGAUAUUCUUAACAGUGAUUUUGCCAGCCAUUGGCAGAAUUUGCAAUAUGGGAGGUAUUGCCAAAGCCCACACUCUCAUGGUCCACUUUCUUAUCCUUCACCUAUUAUGGUACCCCCCAUGUAUUUACAGGGUCAUUUCCCAUGGGAUGGUCCUGGAAGACCUCUUUCAUCCAACAUGAACCUCUUCACUCAUCUUAUGAAUUAUGGUCCUCGCUUUGUUCCUGUUGCUCCUCUGCAGUCUGUUUCUAAUAGACCUGCCAAUGUUUAUCAACAUUAUGGUGAUGAAGCAACAAGAUAUCGUACUGGAACUGGGACAUACCUACCAAAUCCUAAGGUGUCUGCUAGGGAACGACAUGCUUCAAAUUCCAGAAGGGGGAAUUAUCAUUAUGAUAGGGGUAACCACAAUGGUGACAGAGAAGGGAACUGGAAUAUCAACUCAAAAUCAAGAACUGCUGGCCGCAAUCAUAGUCGUAACCAAGCUGACAAAUCAAGCUCAAGACUGGAUAGGUUGGCAGCAAGUGAGAGCCGAGCUGACAGGCCAAGGGGCUCAUACAGACAUGACUCAUUUCCCUCCUACCAUUCCCAGAAUGGUCCAUUGCAUGUGAACUCCCCUCGGAGUGGUUCUGCCAGUGUGGCUUAUGGCAUGUAUCCAAUCCCAACAGUGAACCCCAAUGAAGUGUCAUCCAAUGGACCAAAUGUUCCAUCUGUAGUCAUGGUCUAUCCAUAUGAACAUAACACCAAUUAUGGUUCACAGGCUGAACAGCCUGAGUUUGGGUCCAUUGGAACUGCAGGUUUCUCAGGUAUGAACGAAGAAGCUCUGCUGAAUGAGGGAACAGGUGCGUUUGAGGAACAAAGGUUUCAUGGUGGCGUUAGUCAACAGUCUCCAUCAGACCAGCCUUCUUCACCUCACUGCCAAAGAUCAGUGGCUCAGAGGAAUUAUCAGUUGAAAAAUGAGGAUUUUCUGCCUCUUGCAAUUCCAGACGUGAGGAAAACCCUUAACAAGAGAAACUAUAAUUGGAAACCCUCCAGUAACGGGCCUUGCCGCUCUCCCCUCACUUCUGAUGUGACGGUUUCUGAAAAUUUUGCUCCACAAAUGGCGUCCUUCCUCUACUGGCUUACUGUAUGCACCAGUGUACAAUCAUGCAAAAUUGUCUUCCAACCUUUCCUCUUUGCAGUAUUAAGGAUCCCUUUUUUGAACUUUAGGUUUGAAUUCUCGUACAGGGUUUGUACCAUUAGGCAUUUUUGUUUCAUAUUCUCCACUGUGUACUAGCUCUGUAUUACAUUCUUGUUCAAAAAUUUUAACAGCAUAGCAAUCUCCAUUUCAUUGAUGGAGUUAGAAGGCUACGCUUUUGAUA